AUGUUCCUCCAAUUACCCAAAACCUCGACGAGCCUCAUGAUCAAGACGGCCACUAGGCCAACCGCUUUAAAAUUCCAGGCUCGUGGCUUUGCAACCGUGCAACACAACACCCCACGAGAUGUGCCUCAGAAGAAUGUGCGACGAACACCCGUCUCGCUUGACUCGGCCAAUUUCACAAUCAAAGGUGGACCCGUUUUCUCAGGAAAGUCAUUUGGCGCAAAGACUAGCAUUUCUGGGGAAGCAGUGUUUACGACAUCUCUCGUCGGAUACCCAGAAUCCCUCACCGACCCUUCCUACCGUGGUCAAAUCCUUGUCUUUACCCAGCCAUUGAUUGGCAACUAUGGUGUACCCAGGAAUACUCGGGAUGAUCAUGGCUUACUGCAACAUUUCGAGUCGCCUAAUAUGCAAGCCUCUGGCGUCGUUGUUUCUGACUACGCACAGCAUUACUCCCAUUGGAAUGCCGUGGAAAGUCUGAGCCAGUGGUGUGCAAGAGAAGGAGUUCCCGCCAUCUCAGGUGUUGACACUAGGGCCGUAGUCACUUAUCUUCGCGAGCAAGGAUCUUCCUUAGCCCGCAUCACUGUUGGUGACGAAUACGAUGAAGCGCAGGACGAAGACUUCACGGAUCCAGAACAGAUCAAUCUUGUGCGACGCGUAUCUACCAAAUCACCUUUCCAUGUCUCCGCAAACGGAAAUGGUGACUUCCAUGUCGCGGUGAUUGACUGCGGAGUGAAGGAAAACAUCUUGCGAUCCCUCGUAUCUAGAGGAGCAUCUGCGACCUGUUUUCCUUUCGAUUACCCCAUCCACAAGGUGGCUCACCAUUUCGAUGGAAUCUUCAUUUCCAACGGUCCAGGUGACCCUACACAUUGUCAAGAUACGGUAUGGAACCUUCGACAACUCAUGGCCAAAUCCCAGGUCCCUAUUAUGGGCAUUUGUCUGGGUCAUCAGCUACUCGCCUUAGCAGCUGGCGCAAAAACUACCAAAUUGAAAUGGGGCAACAGGGCACAUAACAUCCCUGCCCUAGACCUCAGCACUGGACGCUGCCAUAUCACAUCCCAGAACCACGGAUACGCCGUCGACGCUUCCACUCUCCCUCAUGAUUGGAAAGAGCUUUUCAUCAACCUGAACGACUCCUCCAACGAAGGCAUCAUCCACAAGUCCCGCCCCAUCUUCGGCACCCAGUUCCAUCCUGAAGCCAGAGGCGGCCCAUUGGAUAGCUCGUACCUCUUCGACCAAUACCUAGAAAGUGUGAAGAAGUAUAAGAAAAGCCAAUCGAAGAUGAUGUUCAGGCCUGUUGGUAAUGAUGUCGCUGCAGCUCUGAGGGAGAACUUGCCUGCGGAACGACAGGGCGUUACGCCCACGACGGGGAUGGUGAAUGUGGCGAGAGCCAAGGAGGCGCUUGAUGCUGCAGCAGCUGCUGCGUGA